AUGCUGGAUGAUACAGAAAAACUUGUUUGUACCUUAGAAAAUGCACAAAAUAUUGAUAAGCAUACAGAAUAUAUUAUACGAGUACAACGGGGACCCUCAAAAGAGAAUAAGUGGGAUGUUUCACAUAGGUACAAAGAUUUCGCAGCACUUCAUACAAGUUUACAACAAUCUAAUAUUGAUUUGCCGUUGCCACCAAAAAAACUUAUUGGGAACAUGCAACCAUCUUUUAUUGCUGAGAGACAAGUAGCUCUGCAAAACUACAUAAAUGAAGUAUUAAAGCAUCAGGUCCUAGCUUUGUCAUUGCCAGUGAGGAGCUUCUUGGAUCCUAAGAAUUAUUCUUUAUCCAUAGGAGAGCAAGCUGUUCAAACAAUUUCUAUUGCAUUAAGGGGUGAUGGCCGCUAUGAAUUACAGGAACCUCUCACGGAGAUAGGCUGGAGGGUUCGGAAACAGUUCUUUCUGGUAACUGACACAGAUACAAAACUGAACUGCAUGCUCUCAUGGAUGAACUUUGGUCCUGAUAAAUGUUUAAGCAGUAAAGAUUUAAACACUGUAUUUAAAAGUUUGCAGAGUAUCUCUCAUCCUUAUAUUGAUGAUAUAAUAGGAUAUCAAAAUCUGGAAUCGGGUGCUUAUGUGGUUAGGAGAAUACAUGAGAAUGGAAGUAUUCGGGAUAUUUUGUAUGGUACCGAGUAUUCAAAGAGCUAUUUAGCAAAGUAUGCUAAUCCUAAAGUAAGAAAACCAUUCACUAUGGGACAAAUAUCACAUUAUGGGUAUCAGAUAUUGCAAGCAUUGAAAUUUUUACAUGACAAGGGCUUACCACAUGGCCAUAUACAUCCAGGUAACAUAACAAUAGAGAACCAAAAGGUGCUUUUGCUGGAUUUAGAAAACAUACUGAUGGGGGUGCCCUGCCUGUACCGACCCUUCCUCUUGGAAAUGAGGCAUAACACCACAGCUGAAGCCACAGAUGUGUACUGUUUCGGUCGCACUCUGUAUGAGAUGGCAUUUGCAGUUUCUUUAGAACAAUACUCUUGUGAUUAUUUUCCUGAUGAAAUCUCGGCUGAUUUAGAAUCAGUGUUGCGACUGUGCCUCUCGUCGUCGUCUUGCAAACAUGGCGUACCGUCGCUGGAGCAACUACUCAAGCAUCCGUUCUUCACGCGCGCAACCCUCAACGGGCUGACGCCGCACUGGUGUCCGACCAGGGCCCACCUCAAGUUCCCGCUGCCGCUGAAGGAAGAGUUGAAGAAGAUGGUGGCCGGCGUCGAGAUGAGGCUCAAGGCUGAUCAGAAAUCGCUGCGAAGUGCAAAGAGAGAAGUUAGGAUACAGGAAAUACUCAACUCGGAGCAGGAGAUGAAGAAGCAAAAACGGAGAGCUAAGAAACGCGACGGCGUUUGGAAAUCGACCUCCUCACUGGCCGAAACGGUCCGAUCGCAAAGCGCCAGCACCGGCUCCUCGCCGACACCGCCCGCGCACUCGGGCGACAUGAGCGGCAACGGCUCGCUGGCGACCGUCAGCCCCUCCGAGGGUCGCGGGGCUCUUCUGCAGGCGAUCUGCUCCUUCGACAAGUCGCGCCUUUCCAGGGUCAGUUCGCGG